AUGAAGAAAUUUUCUGCUCAAAAGUGUUGUUUUUCAUCAGAAUUUCUAUUGGCAAAUGACAAGUCAUUUCAGACAUGCAGAAACAGACGUCAGAAGAGACUUUUUCGCAACUCGUAUUUAUAUCACAGAGUAUUGAACUGCACACAAACACUCGCACACUUUUUGGGUUUGAGCAGCAGUUUAGAAGCAGACGAGAGAUCGAUCGAUCGACGCUCUCUUUGUUGUAGUACGAGAACGAUGACGACGUUUGGUAAUGAUACUACUAAAAAUACAACGAAGGAAAAGAUGAUGCCGCGCAGAUGCAGGAGCAAAAAAUUGAUCGGAAGAAAAAAAUCAUCAUCUCUCUUCGUUUUGCUCUUGACGACGCUGUUGUUAUUGAGCGUGUCUUUCGUGGCGGAAUUCGCACACGCGAAAGAUUACUACUCCAUCCUCGGCGUCGCGCGAGGCGCUCCGGAGUCGCAAAUUAAACGGGCGUACCGGAAACUGGCGUUGAAGUAUCACCCGGAUAAAAACCCAGGGGAUGACAAAGCGAAGAGUAAAUUUGAGGAGCUCUCGAACGCGUACGAAGUUUUAACGGAUGAAGAGAAGAGACAGAUUUACGAUCGACACGGAGAGGAAGGGUUGAAGCAACAUCAGCAAGGAGGCGGAGGAGGUGGUGGUGGGCACCCCGGGGAUAUCUUCAGCCAAUUCUUCGGUGGAGGAUUCGGCGGGUUCGGCGGGUUCGGCGGCAUGAAUCAAGAACCGGAGACGCCGAAAGGCGAACCGGUGCAGAUGGAUUUGUACGUUUCUUUGAAAGAUUUGUAUUUAGGGAACACGAUUAAAGUGAUAAGAGAUAAAGACGUUCUGAAACCAGCGAAAGGGACGAGGAAGUGUAAUUGUCGACAGAAGAUGGUGACUCGACAAGUCGGUCCGGGGAUGUUUCAGCAGUACGCGCAAAACGAGUGCGAGGAGUGUCCGAACGUGAAAUUAGCGAGAGAAAAGUCCACGUUGAUGUGCGAAAUCGAACCGGGUAUGGAAGAUGGGAAGGAAAUCUUAUUCUUCGAGGAAGGCGACGUGUUAAUCGAUGGCGAGCCUGGGGAUUUGAAGAUGAUUGUGAAAGCGCAAUACGAUAAAGAGAUGAAAUGGAGACGAGGCGCGAGUGAUAAUAAUUUGUACAUGGAUAAAGAGAUUACGUUGGUGAUGGCAUUGAACGGUUUUGAGACGGAAAUCACGCAUUACGACGGUAGGAAGAUUGUGUUGAAGAACGAGGAGGUGACCACGCCUGGCUUUGUGCAGACCUAUAAAGGGGAAGGGAUGCCGAGGUUUGGAAGUUCGGGGAAGUUUGGUGAUUUAGUCGUGACGUAUUCGAUCAAGUUCCCGAAGAAGGUGCCCAACGGAAGCAAACAAAUCGUCAAAGAUAUCUUUAGUUCGGACUUUGUCGAUUUCUAA